AUGCAUCACGAGUUACUUUCAGCUUUAUGCGGUGUUUCGGGUGAUUUAUUUAAUCCUUAUCCACCUCAACCUAAUAUUCCUAAACUCUUUAAAAUACCACCAGAUUUCAACUUUCUACAUGAGUCUGAACGUGACGCGCUAGAGCGACUUGCUGAGUUGGGCUUUCAUUAUCGAUGUAUUGUUAGUUUUAUAAAUAAAUAUCGCGGUAUCAAUUCCGCUGUUUUUAUUAGCACUAUAGAAACAGAAACUUUUCUUCGUGGCUCUUUUGCUGACGCCCUAUGUAACGCGCUCGAUGCUGCCCUUUCUGAGUAUCAGCAACUUGUUUUCGAGUCAGAGGAUUGUAUUCUUGAAGAGGACGGAGUGAUACCCGUCGCUGACAUGGUUUCAAGAUUUUCAGACUAUCACGUAAUUUUAUCAACACUUCAUGAACUUGUGGAUGAGUUAGAAGCGAAUCCAGUCAAAUAUUUUGGAUGCCGUAUUCUUAACUUGUUAGUUGCGAGGUGCAAGACAGGAGUUCCGAAACUUCGUGGAAUAAUGUUCAAACUGGUGCACGCUUGUCAUGUUGUUUUGUAUCAAUAUAUAUCCUCAUGGAUGGUUUAUGGAUAUUUGCAAGAUACGUUUGGUGAAUUUUUUAUCAAGGAUGAAUCCAUUAUAAAUAAGCAGCAGCAGCAACAGGAUUCACAAGAAGUAUUCUUUGAUGAAGAAAACAACCAAAAGCGAAGGCAUCAAAGAUUUUUCAUUGAUGAAUCAUUAAUCCCUAACUAUAUACCUCAUAAGAUUGCAGACUCGAUUCUAUUUGUCGGAAGGGCAAUCGCAACUGUAAGAAAUGCGGAUCAUUCAUAUCGUAAUAAAAGCAUGCUACCUCGUAACUUAAGCUCGAUGCAUCUUCAAUAUUUAUUAGAACUUUCAUCUAAGCACAGUUUCAAUGAUUCUGAGCUAGACAAUGUUGUUAGUAUUAUAAGGAAUAAUGUGGCUCAAUGGUUAUGGCAAGUAGUAUUGACGGGGGAUAAGGUCAUUGAAUGCUUGGAAACUUUCAGAAAUUACUUUUUGUUAGGGCAAGGCGAUUUUGCACUUUCCCUUAUACAACAAUUUGAGAAACUGGUAAAUUCACGACUGAUAUCAACACGAGCGCCUAUUGUUAAAGAGCAAGAAUUAAACUCUCUACUUAUUCUUGCUUCUGUGGGAACUUUAGCUGAAAAUGAUCUCACACUUGAAAAGUUCAGAUUCAGAUUGGUGAAUUCUAAUGAUCAAAAAAGAUCAUCAACGAGUAUUUUAUUUGAUGAUACUGUAAUUGGAAUUCCUCUUAGGCUAGAAUAUCAAGUAAAUUGGCCAUUGGAUUUAUUUGUUACUUCUGAAGAUCUGAUAAAGUACGGAGACUUGUUCUCAUUCUUAAUGUCACUAAAACGCACGCAACAUCGCCUACAUAAAGCAUGGGUACAUCUUUCCGCUCUACGUAAAUCAAUUGAUUCACGAGAUAAUAAUAGCGAAUUACCAUUAAUAAUAUGGAGAACACGAGCAUCAAUGAUGUUUUUUGUUGAAUGCAUAUGGAGCCAUGUACAGAUGGAUAUCAUAGAAUCUAGUUUUCAAAAAUUGAUUUGUCAAAUAAGUGUUUCAUCUGCACGUCAUGGCUCCUCGCAUACGUCAAAUCAAACUCCUAGCACUCCAAUUUCAACCAUAAAUCCGGAAAUAAUGAAAUUCAAAGAACAAAAACUUGACACUAAAACGGAAUCUCUUCAAGAUUUUGAAGAAAUCCGAUUGGGGCAUCAAUCUUAUCUUAAUGAUAUCCAACGAGGAUGUCUUCUUGAAUCACGUGUAUGUGCGGAAACAAUUAAAAAAGUGCUGAGCAUAUGUGAUCGUUUAUGCGCGUUAUUAGAAAGAUGGGACGGACGAAAAGAUGAUGAAAAAUUAAGCCAAAUUAAUCGAGUAAAUGAGGAGUUUCGUGAUCAAGUGAAUUUCUUGUUUCGUACACUUUCCGGAGUUAAUCAGACUCCUGAUGGGAUUGGUGGACCUCCAAGACAUUUGGAUCAACUGCUAUUACGCUUGGAUUAUAGUAAGUGGUUCUCUGUAUGGGAGAAUUGA